CAGGUGUUCUCGACAUGCGCCAAGAUCAAAUGAGACGUUGACGUUAUUUUUAAAUUAUGACAAUUAGGCUGUAAAACAUGGUUAGUAGGAGGCGUAUAACUGUAUCUGGCGAUCACAAGCCCGAAGAACAGUCAUGUUGGUCCAAACCCACUGUUUAUCAUGCUGCCAUCGUGAUAUUCUUAGAGUUCUUUGCCUUUGGAUUGUUAACUACCCCCAUGAUCUCGGUUUUAGAUGAGACAUUUCCCAAACAUACCUUUCUAAUGAAUGGUAUCAUUCAUGGAGUAAAAGGAAUAUUAUCCUUCCUUAGUGCACCAUUUCUAGGUGCUCUCUCAGACAUGUUUGGACGAAAACCUUUCCUACUGCUAACAGUAACUUUCACUUGUUCUCCAAUACCACUGAUGAAAAUCAGUCAUUGGUGGUAUUUUACAAUGAUCAGUAUAUCAGGUAUUUUCUCAGUGACAUUUUCAUUUGCUUUGGCAUACGUCGCUGAUAUCACAUCAGAAGAAGAUAGAAGCUGGGGAUAUGGACUAGUUUCAGCUACAUUUGCCGCCAGUCUUGUCAGUUCACCUGCAAUUGGAGCUUAUCUAGGUCGUGUAUAUAGUGAAGAAUUAGUUGUUGCACUAGCUACUGCUAUUGCAUUUUUGGACAUUUGUUUUAUACUUGCUUGUGUACCUGAAUCUUUAUCGGAAAAAGUACGUAUUGGUCAUUUGUGCUCUGUAACUACAUUGGGUGGACCAGUUGGUAAAUUCUCAUGGGGUAAAGCUGAUCCUUUUGCAGCAUUACGUCAAAUGACAAAUGAUCAUCUUGUUCUUAUGAUAUGUAUUACAACAUUUUUAUCAUAUUUGCCAGAAGCUGGACAAUAUUCAUGUUUCUUCGUUUAUCUUCGCUUAGUCAUGGGAUUCACGGAAGAAAAUGUGGCACUAUUCAUUGCUGUUGUUGGUAUCAUGUCAUGCAUUGCACAAACACUUAUUUUAUCUUUAUUAAAUCGUAUUAUGCGACCAAAACGUGUUAUUAUAUUUGGUUUAAUAUUUGAAGCGAUUCAAUUAACACUAUAUGGUUUUGUUACAAAUUCUGGCUUAUUAUGGUCAGCUGGUUUAAUUGCUGCUACGGGCUCUAUCACAUAUCCUGCUCUAAGUACAUUUAUAUCAACUCAUGCUGCAGCAGAUCAACAAGGUGUAGCACAAGGUCUUAUCACUGGAAUACGAGGUUUAUGCAACGGACUUGGACCUGCUCUGUUUGGGUUAUUCUUUUAUAUAUUUCGGGUUGAUCUCAAUGAACAUACAUCAGGUGUACAUAUAGUCAAUAAGGAUAAGAGUAACUCGUUAGUAUCUGAUACUGUACAACUUUUACAAGAACGUUUAAUGCCAGGACCACCAUUUGCAUUUGGUGCUAUCCUAGUUCUGUUAGCAAUUCUAGUAGCUAUUUUUAUACCAGAAAAGUAUACAUCCCAUGAAUUGACUCAUUCAAAAAUGAUCACUGAUACAUAUGAAUCAACACAUGGUACUAAUAUAUAUGGUGGUGAAACACGACUAAGGCGUAGUUCACCAUCAGGUCAAUCUCAUAGAACUACAACAGAUUUUGAUCAAUUCACAUGUGGUAUAAAUACACCUAAUAAUGAUGAUAGUGACAAAUCCAAAUUAAUAAUGAGUACUAUUGAAAUGUCUAAGUAUAAUUUAAAAAGUAAUAUUUCACAUCAUAAUCCAAUUGAUAAUAAUGGUAUUUGGAAUCGUUUAAUGACUGGUCUUCAAGAUUUUCGUAAUCCAAUUUAUAUAAAACAACGACCAAAUCGUGUUCAUCGUCAAUCAAAAAGUCGUUUUAGUACAGCAGCAGGUAUUGUAGAACCAUUUCGUCGAUUAUUUAUUCGAAAAACUUAUGAUGGAAAUAUUGGUAGUUAUGGUGUUAUGGGUAGUGGUGGUGGUGGUGGUGGUAGUGGUAGUGGUAGUGGUGGAUUUCUUGAUCAUGAAACACGUCUUCAUUAUUCUAGACUACCAUUUACUGUUAUCUCAUCAUCGAAUAAUAAUAAUCAGAAAUAUUUAGAUGAUAUAUCAAAGAAUGAUUUACUAUUUUCUAAUCCUUUAUUAUUAAAUCCUGGUGAAUCUGAAGAAGCAGCUGAUCUAAGUAAUUAUCGUGCACAUCAUUUCCGACGUAUGUUUAUUACUCCUAAUACAACAACAACUAUUACUCCUUUUAAUAAUAAUAAUAAUAAUAAUAAUAAUAAUAAUAAUAGUACUAUUACUACUUCUUCAUCUGAAUUUCAUCCAUCACAAAACUAUCAUCCUACUAGUUCAUUAUUAAUUACUUCUAAUGAAACUGAUCAAUUUAAUUCAUUGGAAGAGAAUGAAAAAGAUACAUUUAUUAAACAUUGUCAUUCUUCCAUAUCACCUAUCAUUAGUCCUACAGGUAGAAAAAUAACAAAACAAAAAUUUUUUACAACAAAUUCUUAUAAAGAAUCAAUUCAUGAUACAUGAUUGGGGGGGGGCUGAUGAUGUUGAUGAUGACAAUGUUCUCUUUUCUCUUCUAUUUGAUCUAAGAAUGAUCUGACUAGUUACAGUAUUCAUUUUCAUUAAAAUUAAUGUAAAAUUACCAAUUGAGUGCCUACCGUUCAUCAGUGUUUUUUUUAUUAAAAAAAUUGAAAAAAAGAAAUACACUUCGUAUCUAUGAGCGUCUCUAUUUUUUUUUUGUUUCAUGGCUGUCUCUGUCACACACACACACAUAGAUACAUAUAUUCACUAUGUGCCAAUAUAUCAAUGUAUAUAUAUAUAUAUAUAUAUAUGUGUGUGUAUGAACACUGUGAUUAGAAUAUGAAUGCCAAUACAAACAUACAUACAUAUACAUACACAUACAUUUAUAUACACAACAGACAAACAACCAAUUCAGUUCUAAUUUUUAGUUACAUGUAUUUGUGUACUAAUUUUUUUUUCAUUUUAUUUUAUAUAAUUUAAUACAUUUGUACAGUGUAGUAUUCAAAUUUAUACUCAUUGUGUAUAUGUCGAGGUGUGUGUGUGUGUGUAUGUGUAUGUUCUGUAUAUGUGCACAUUACUCUCAAUACAUAUAUAUAUAUAUAUAUAUAUA